CUUUGUGUGGAGUUUGUGCUCCUUCUGGCAGUCAGUUGCACAGGUUCUGAGGAGUAGAAGCAUGGAGUGGUUGCUGUUGGAGAAGAGCUUCCAAAUCAUCCAGGGCAGCCCUUAAGGCAGCACUGCCAGGUCACCCCCAAAGCAUGUCCCUGAGCAGCACAGCUGUAGGACUUUGCCUCCCUCCAGGUAGCUGCAGCCAGCAGUGAGGUCACUGAUCAGACUCUGUGCUCAGAGCAGAGCUGCUGCAGCCCUCUCAGCAUCUUGGUGGCCUCCUCUGCACUGGCUCCAACACUUCCAUGUCCUUCUUGUGCUGGGGGCUCCAGAACUGCCCCCAGGACUGCAGAUGGGGUGUGAGGAGAGCAGAGGCAAGGGGCAGAAUCCCCUCCCUUGCCCUGCUGCCCACACUGCUCUUGCUGGAGCCCAGCACAGGGUUGCUGUCUGGGCUGCACUCACACUGCAGGCUCCUCUUGAGCUUUGCAUCAGCCCAGAGCCCCAGGGCCUGUUCCUCAGGGCUGCUCUCAGCCGUUCCCCAUCCAGCCUGGAGUUGUGCUUGGGAUUGUGCCCACCCAGGUGCAGGACCUUGCACUUGGCCUUGAUGAAUGCCAUGAGGUUGGCCUGGGCGCACCUCUGCAGCCCGCCCAGUUUGUAACUGGGGCUGUAAAGAAUGGUUAUGCAUUGCCUGUGCUUCUGAUUUCAGGAGAGUCCCAUUUCAUUCUUGAUGCUUUCUUUAAGAGAGGCAUACAACUGAGCUCCCUCAGAGAAGCAGCAUGAAGUGCAUGAAGGAUGCUGGCUGCACUCAGUACAGACAAGGCACAUUGGAAUAGGUUAACAAGAUGCUUGACAUUUGCCCUUAAUGGUCAUUGUCUUCAAAUGCAUCAUUCGGGAGUUAAGUUGCUUGGCAUUUGCAGUUGACUACUUCUUCUCUGGCCUUUGGAGUGAAGGAAGGGAAAAACCAGAGUUGAACACGUCAGCUCUGUAAGUUUUCUCUGGGUGAUCAAAGCAUGCACAAAAUCCUGUGCUUGUGCUCUGGAAGAUUGUAGGAGCUUCCCGGGGACUCAGGGAGCACAAGUUCUGAUAAAGAAAGAUGUGAAUGGAAGCAGGCUCUGACUGCUCUGUGUAACUGAUGAGAAGCUUUCUGAAGGAGGUGAAUUUGUUUUACAGCCCUUCACUCAGCUGGUUACAGAUCUUCAAGGUAGCUGCUGGUGCAGUGUCUGUUGGAGACUGUUAGCCACUCUGAAGGAGGGAGUUAGUGGAGCAUCAUAGGAACAUGUAGAGAGAUUGGUCAGGAAAAGGCAUUUGUGUUACCCUUUUUAGUCAUUUGAGUCACUUUUAUUGUAAUCCCAUGGCUGAGAGCAGGACUCCUUUGUGUCCAGGGUUAAAAUCUUCAAGGAGAAACAGUGCCAAGGCUCUGAAUUGAUUGGGACUUGGUGCUGCUAGUUACAAUGUAGGACAGUUAAGGCAGUCCUAUGUUUUGUGAUUUGCCUUUUUUCCUACCGUUCUAGUUUUGGCUCGGGCUAGUGUGAAGUGUCUCUGGAACGAGGUCCUUGUGGUCCCUUCUGACCCUGCCUGAUUCUGUGAUUCCAGCAAGCAGCUUUUGACUUAAAAACCCCUGAGGUCACUGCAGCACCUCUCUAUGGAAUAAAAGAAAGGGAUUUUGCUGCACUGCUGAGAACUGUUUCCAGCUCUGAGCCUUUGUUUUUGUGGUUGUUUUUGGUUCGUGUUUAUAAACAGCAGUAGCUAAGCAAUCCUCUCUGAGCUAUGGACCAGAAUCUGCUGCAUCCUAUGCCAGAAGCAGAUCCCAGUGUGAUCUGGUGCAGCUGUAGCACUUCCUAACUGCUAGGUUUGGGAGGAGGGCAUGUGUCUCAGUCGUUUCUGAGCUGUGGUAGCAAUCAGGUGUCUGCUUAAGUCUUGAACCUCUGCCACGUGCUGCCACGUUCACCAGAUCUUUCUCCCGGCCUCAGGGAGAGAAGGAGUGUCCAGCUCCCAGAGUGGGUGUCAGAAGCGAUGUGAAGUGAAAGGGGUUUGCUGAGGUCAUGUAGAAAGUUGUGUGAGGGAAUCUGGCAGUUUGGUUUUUGAUUUCUUCAGUCUCUAAAGUUUUUCAUCUGAGACCGUAAGUAGCCUUUGCGUCGCUGUCUGCACGUGUGCGGGGGUCUGGGGGCAUCUGUAGGUACCCUUAGGGGCCUGGAGGGCUCUCUGGGUGUCUGUGGAGGUGGUUAGGGGUCUGUAGAGGUGUCUGUGGUGCUGUAGGUGUCUCAAAAGGCUGUGAAGGUCUUGAGGUGCCUUGCAAAGGUCUCGAGGUGUCUGUAGGGGUCUGCAUGGUUCUCUGGCAGUCUGUAGAGGUCUGUGGGGGUCUCUAGGGGCCUCUUAAAGACAUGCAGGGGUCUGUAGGGCUUUAUGGAAAGGUCGGGAGGGGUCCCUAGAGGUCUCCAGGAGGCUGGAGGGGUGUGCAAGUGUCUGUAGCAUUCAGCAGGUGUGUGGAGGUUUCUGUUCUGGGCCCGCAGGUGUCUGCAGGCAUCUUGUAAAGGUCUGCAGGGGUCUGUGGAGCUCUGUCAGGCAUCUGUUAAGUGUCUGCAGGAAUCCAUUGAAGGUCUGGAGGGGGCUGCAGGGCUCUGCAGAGGAGGCUGUGGCUGUGUGUAGAGGUCUUAGAGGUGUGAAGAGUUUGCAGGGGUCUGUAAGGGUCUGCAGAGCCCUUGGAAAGAUCUGAAGUUGUCUGUAGGAGUCUGGAGAUGUCUCUAGGGCACUGCAGGGGUCUGCAGGGGUCUGCUGCUGCGGGAGGAGUGGGCUGGCGGAGCCACGCCCCCCGGGCUGCGGAGCCACGCCCCCUCCCUGGCCUUUCUUGCCUGGCUCUGGUUGCUGCCUCCUUAUUUGCAUAGCCACACCCCCUGUCUCCUUGCUGUCUAGUCCCCGCCCCUUUCUUUCUGAGCCACGCCCCCUCAGUGCAAUGCCUAUUCCCCGCCCCCUCCAUGGCCACGCCCUCUUCCCAUGCUGUGUGUAGUCCCUGCCCUUUCUGUAGCCACGCCCUCUCCCCCUUGCUGUGCCUGGCCCCGCCCCCUCGGCCGCGCCCCCGCCCCACAGUUACCAAUAGAAUGGUGACAGAUUUGGAGCUUCCUUUGGAGGAGGAGUUCAGGAGGUGGCUGGUGAUUGGUGGAUUGUCGUGGGCGUGGUUUGCCGCUUGUUCUGCCUCCCUCAUUUGCAUACAUUUCAAUAUCAGGCUCUGCCUUUGAGUACCUUGGACAUGUGUUGGGGGUUGGGGAGGGGUUACUGGGAGGGUCAGCAGCUGAUUGGUGGAUCCUGUGGGGGCUGUGGGCAUGGUCACCCCUGUGCCCCGCCCCCUCAUUUGCAUAAAUGAAGGCAGGGUCCACCUGGCGGAGUUUGGUGCUUUAUUGGGGGGAAGGAACUGGUUAGCAGCUGAUUGGUGCGUCCUCUGGCAUGGGCGGGGCCUGCCGCUGCCCCGCCCCUCCGAAGCGGCCGAUGGUCUCCAGCACAGCCCCAGCAGCUCCAGGAAGGAGGAGACCUCCCCCCGCAGGCCUCCAGCCCCCCGGGAGACCCAGAGCCUGCGGGGGGAGGGCUCAGGGAACCCCGGGACCUCCCAGGGACCCCCAGACCCUCCUCGGGACCUCCCAGGGACCCGCAGACCCUCCCACUGGCCUCCCAGAGACCCCCACUCACCUCCUUGUAUGCCCCCACUAAUCCCCCAGCCCCUCCCCGUCCCCGCCCUGCACCCCCCAGUGCCCACUCAGGCCCUCAGCUUGUCCCCGCAGCACUGCAGCCUGGCCUGGGGGCGCUGCUGAGGCCCUCACCAAAUCGCCACCGCUCGCCGCAGCCUGUCAGUGGCCAUCUGCAAGCUGGCACUGCCCUCACCGAGUGGGCACUGAUCUCACCAAGAUGGCAUUGAACGCGACGGGUUGGAGGGGACCUUAUCAAUAUGGCGCCGAGCGCGACGGACUGGAAGCGACCUCACCAAUAUGGCGUUCAGCGCGACGGGUUGGUGUGACUUCACCAAUAUGCGCCGACCCAGGCGGCCUGGAUGUGACCUCCCUAAUAUGGCGAUGAGCGCGACAGGCUGAAUGUGAUCUUACCGAGAUGGCGACGGUCUCGCUGUGACAUCAUCAAUAGGGCGCCGCAACGCUGCAAGCCGGCGGUGACCUUACCAAUAUGGUGCCCAAAGCUGCGGUCUUGGCGAUGCCUUCACCAGGUCGCCAUCGCUCGCCACAGCCUGGCAGUGACUCUCUGCAAGCUGGCGCUGCCCUCACGGAGUUGACGUUAAGCUCACCAAGUUGGCACCGAGCGGCGGCAAGCCGGCGGUGACCUCACCAAUAUGGCGCCGAGCGCUAAGCUCUGCAAGAGACCUCACUAAUAUGGCGACAAGCGCGAUAGGCUGAAUGUGACCUUACCAAGAUGGCGCCGAGCACGACGGUCUCGCUGUGACCUCAUCAAUGCGGCGCCGAAACACCGCAAGCCGGUGGUGACCUUAACAAUAUGGCGCCGCGGGCUGCCGCUGCAGGCAGCAAUCUGACACUGGCCGCGGCCGGCUGGCAAUGCCCUCACCGAGUCGGCACUGCACACGGCAGGCUGACAAUGCCCUCACUGAGUCGCCACCACUCGCCGCAGAGUUGCAGUGACCCUCUGCAAGCUGUCACUACUCUCACCGAGUUGUAGUGACCUCACCAAGAUGGCGCCAAGAGCGACGGACUUGCUGUGACUUCAUCAAUACGGCGCCGAGCGCCACGAGUUGGCUCUGGCCUCAUCCAUACGGCGCCGAAACUCCGCAAGCCGGCGGUGACCUCACCAAUACGGCGCUCAACGCCGCGGUCCUGGCGCUGCCCGCAGCAAGCUGGCAAUGCCCUGACCGAGUCGCCACGGCUCACCGCAGGCUGGCAGUGACCCUCUGCAAGCUGGCACCGCCCCCCGUGAGCUGGCGCUGCCCGCUCCUAGGCUGGCAGUGCCCUCACCACGACGGCGCCGCCGGCAGCGCAGGCUCGGCGGUGACCUCACCAAGAUGGCGCCGACGUCCCGCCUGCGACGCUGACCUCACCAAGGUGGCUCCGGGGGCGGUUCCUGCCGACCCCUCCCCUCUCACAUGCGCAGAGCGCUCAGGCCUGGCCGCAGGGAGGGGCGCAGGGGACAGAGCCACUCUGAAGGCUGCCCGGGGGGCGUCUGGGCCCUGGAGGUGGGAGCUGAACUGCUUUGCCCCAGCCCAGCUGCAGAUCUGCACUCAGCCUCAGCCCCAAGCCCUGGCAGGGUGGGAUGCUUUGGUACCAGGCCGUGGAGCUGUUUGAAAUGCAAUUGCUGCUUGCAGCUGGUUCAGAAAUGGAUUUCCUGUGGCUGUGGGGGCAGAAAUGUCUCUGUGGCCCGAGCAGGUCUGAAACCCUGCCACGGAGAGGCACAGGCCCCGCAGCAGUGCCUGCAUUUCAGCAGCUGCCCAUCGGAGCUAAGCACAGCCUCGGCUCAGAGCUCAGGAGCAUGUCUGCUGGGCAGUGCUGGGGGCCAGGCGUCCCUCCUGUGUGUGCAUGGCCCACAUGGCAGCACCCUGCAGUCAGAGCUGACUGUGUGCACUGGAGGUGGAGUGUUGGAGUGGGAUCAGCUCAGAGCUCUGCAAGGUUUGCACUUUGCUUUCCACUCCACUGGCCAAGCCAGCCAGAUGUGCAGCAGCAGCAGGAUGGGCACGAGGGCCCCAGCUGCUGCGGUGAAUCCGUCAGCACGGACGCUGGUGCCGCUGCAGCCUGGCCCUGCAGCCUGGCAGGGUGAUCUCCUUUGGCUCGGCUCCUGUGGGCUCCAGCUUCCCACAUGUGCCGUCACUUCCGGCUGGCAGGCGAUGCUCUGGGCUCUCCUCUCGCUGGUCAAAGCCGCUCUAGGCCUCCGAGCUCCUCCAGGCGCCACUGUGAGCGGCUCUGGGCCAAAGCAAUGACUGU